AUGCGCGAAACCCAUCGGCAACACUUCAACGGCACUGUAGGCUCCACAAGAGGAAGCUUUCGGAGAAGCACCGGAAUUGCCCUCAGGGAUCAGUCUGGUCACUGGAGGCACCCCGAAAGGAAGCUUCGGGAGGAGCGGCAGAUCCGAUCAGGCGAAGAUCAAGGGUUGAAAGCCAUGAAAAAUAGGACUCAGUUGAAUUCCGUUCAUUCGUUGGGUUGUGGAGAGGCUAGCUGUGCCCACAAUGAAGUUAAGUUAGAAAAUUACAGAACAGGUCAUAAGGGGUCAAGAAAUGUGAAAACUGUGAGCAAAAGAAUUGCGCAAGCAGUGCGUUUGAAUCUACGAGAUCAUGGUUGCGGAGUGCCUACUCUUUCUCCUGCAUCACCUGCUGAAAUGAAAAGGAUGUUGCGAGGUUUGUCAUACACUGAGGCUCAAAUUGAAACUGGAUUGAAAAUGCAAGUGAGUUUCAUCUAUUUCGGUGUACUUCAUUACGAUUUCUUUUUCCUUUUACCAUCUUUCUUCGUUAUUAAGGCAUCGAGAAAGAGAGGAUUAAGCGCAGACGAGAAGAAAUCAAGGCUUCUGCAACUUUUUUAUGAAAGCAAUGAGUUCUUUUUGAUGAAGGAGCUUGAAAGGCGCGCUCCUAAGGAGAAAGGUAUUGUACCUCAAUCGGUAAAAGAGGUGACUCAACUGCUUGUUGAUGAAGGGCUUGUCGAGUGCGAGAAAAUUGGCACACUUUCGUGCUUCUGGGCAUUUCCUUCAAAAGCUACUCAAACUCGGAAAAGAAAACUGGAAGAUUUGGAUGCGAAAAUUGGUGAAGCAAAGAAAAAAGUUGAGAGUUUGAAGGAGGAAGUAAAUAAGGCAAGACUUGGUAAAGAGGAAACAAAAGAGCGCGCAAAACUCAUUUUGCGAUAUUCGUCAUUAAGAGACACGUUAUCGGAGCUACGUCAGAAGCGUAUUAAAUUGGAUGAAAGUGGUCCAGAAGCAAUUAUGCGUGCAGAGAGUAGUGCGUCUGCAGCUCGGGAUGCCGUCAAUCGUUGGACAGAUAACAUUUUUGCUAUCAAGAAAUGGUGUAAAAAAAAAUUUGCUAUGGAAGAAAAAUGUCUUGACAACCAGUUUGGUAUUGACCCAGACAUGGACUACGUUGACUAA